AUGGUCCCCAAACUCUUCGACGCACUUUUAGGCUCUGAUGUUUACGGCUCACUCUUCCUAGAUGGAGUUCGCAAGGGACCACGAGAAGUUCCCGUCGCCCGACGAACCGUUGUAGGAUGGGUUGUGAUCGGUCUGGUCGGAUUCUCAUCAACUGCAGACGAUUCGGGCCACUCGAAAGCCGUGAUGACCUUAACUGUUUACCAAAAGGACAACCUCGUUAACAUUCUAAGGGGAUUCUGGGAACAAGAGGAAGUAAUGAAUCCCCCGUUGAUUUCUCUCGAGUAUCUAGAAUAUGAGCAAGCUUUAACAGACGAACAUCGACGCGAAAACACCGGCAGAUACAUCGUUCGUCUUCCCCUUCGACCAUUCUCCGUAUUUCAACGAGUGGACAAGGACAUCUUGCUGAACGAGGAAUAUACGCGCUUUAUGUCUGAUUAUAAAAGGCUAGGGCACAUGCGCCUCAUUCCUCCUACAGAAGCAUGUAAUAGUUCCAGGCCAUCUUACUAA